AUGGCUAGGAAUCGUAGCAAGAGGACUUACGAUGAGGUAGAGCGCUUUUUGAAUGGUUCGAUUCCGCAGGAAAUUGAAGAUGAUAUACUGAGUGCUUUCGCAAAUUAUAACAUCGAGCGUGAUAUGACGCGUGAAGACCUAAGCAGUUUCUUCCAGGAAUUGCAGCUACCUUCUGAAGUGACGAAAUUUUAUGAUUUGAAUGAUUUGUGUAUCGGGGGUACCCAGAUAGUGGAUUUCGAAAAGCUGUUACGAGCAACGUAUCACGUUCUGGUUUUCAUGAAUAAUAUGGCUGUCAUUGACGGAUUUUGGGAAAUGCUGGUCAAAGCGUGUGGGCGAGACGUGGCUUUCCCCAAAGUUCUCCUGAAAAACCACGUUUUGAGCAUCAAAGAUCUGCAAAAAGUCGCCAACAGUGCAAGUGUCGAAAGCACAGGUCUCGUUGAGAUGAUGAGCGUCGCGACGCACGGAAAACGCGUUUUCAUGACCUGGUUAGACUUGGCGUAUAUACUGGGCAAAUUAGGCAUUCUUGCGUUCUGA